GACUGCGGACAGUACAGGGGAUGACCAAGAGACUGUGGACACAGUACAGGGGAUGACCAAGAGACUGCAGACAGUGCAGGACAUGACCAGAGACUGCAGACAGUGCAGGGGAUGACCAGAGACUGCGGACAGUACAGGAGAUGACCAGAGACUGCGGACACAGUACAGGAGAUGACCAGAGACUGCGGACAGUAUAGGGGAUGAACAAGAGACUGCGGACAGUACAGGGCAUGACCAAGAGACUGCGGACAGUACAGGGGAUGACCAAGAGACUGCGGACAACAGUACAGGAGAUGACCAGAGACUGCAGCACAGUACAGGAGAUGACUAAG